AUGGCGCACGGCCGGUCACCGCACCACGUCACCAGCUGCGAGAAGUGCGGGGUCCCGCGGCCAGACCGUGCCCACCACUGCAAGGUGUGCAACGCCUGCGUCAUGCGGAUGGACCACCACUGUCCGUGGAUCAACAAUUGCGUGGGCAUCCACAACCACAAAUUCUUCGUGCAGCUCGUCCUCUACGGCGCCGCGGCCGCCGCCGUGGGCGUACUCACGAGCGCGCCCUGGCUCCUGUUCUGCUUCUCGGCGAUUCGGCGCGACGACGGGUACGCCGUGGAACCCGGCUUCUCCCUCGGCGAGGGUUUCUCGAGCAACUUGGUGCCGUUCGACCUGAGCGUGCGCGAGGCCUGGGCCAUGGUGCUCGACUGCGCCCUCGGCCUGCUCGUGGCCGUGCUGCUGGGGCUGCUGGCCUUCGGCGUCGUGCCCAACCUGUUCUCCAACAUCACGACUAUCGAGCAGAACUAUCCCAGGAACAUGAACCCCUUCGACCAGGAGGGCGUCAUGGCCAACAUGGCCCAGGUCUUCGGCUCGCCCGGCCCAGACUGGCUGCUCCCAGUGUCGCCCUGGCAGCCCGUCUGCGACGGCCUCGUGUUCCCGGCGCGGGGCGCGCCGCCGUUGCACGGGCAGGCGCAGGGGGAGGCCCUGUGGCACCUCUGGUACACUGGUGGGUACAAGGGCCGCUCGCCGCUCAGCCUCUCGAGGCCGGCCAGCCUCGGCUCGCCGCCGCAGAUGGCGGGCCUGUCGGCCCGCGCCUCGCCGUGGGGGUAA